UCGCUCGACGAAUGCCUCGGCCGUGGGAAACAAGCUACCUGUGGUGAUAGCAACGUGCACGCCAUUGGCUUGGGCCUGCGCACGCGCACUCGCUUAUGAGAGCAGGUACCCGCACAGGCUGUCAUUCAUAAGGUUGGUUGCGACGGAGCGAGACUGCCAACACCUGCGGACAACAAAAGUUUGAGUAAUCAAACAGCGAACAGACACGAUGGAGCACGUGCUGCUUGGCCUGUUGAGCUGCUCACUGAUGGUGGUGCAGCCUGCAUCCAGCUUCCCGCACCCGUCGCUGCUGCUCGCUCUGAAGUGCCAGGCCAUCUCCGAGUACUUCGAUUCCGUCACAGGGUCGUGUGAACCGUGUCGAGAAAUCUGUGAACUCGCCCACAUCACGAGAACGCAGCAAGAAUGUGAAACACAGUGCGGGGACUAUGUCUUAGCCUCGAAGUGCACCAGUGACCAGUACUACGACACUGUGGUGCACAGCUGUGCGCCCUGCUCGGAGCUGUGUGACAGCUUCCACGUCACGAACACCAGGGACGACUGCCUCCGCCAAUGUCCAGGUUAUACUACUAUGAGGCUGCCAUCUAGCAACGUGUCUGCCACCCCGAAUGGAAAUUCUUCAGCAGGGGAACAGGACCCGCCCAGCCAGUCUGACGUAGGCCUGACCAUCGCCAUCAUCAUUAUCGUGUUGGCAGUCGUUGUUGUGGGUGUGACGUUGACUGCUGUCGCCGCUGUCGUAUGUCGACCCGGAAAGUGUUGCUGGUGGACCAGCCAGGUGAUCUACACACCUGUGGUGGAGGGAAGUCCUGCAUCAUCAAUCACCAAACCGAUUCCAUGUGCUGCUGAUGAGGUCAAACAGUUUAUGACAGCGAGUGUGACCAGCACACGGCCAGGAUAGGUUGACACAGAAUGGAGGAAAUAAAGGUUCAUCCGCAACUUGCAAGACCAGUGAUCCUGGAAUGCUGAUACCUUGGGUGGGGAGCAAAUAGCUGGUGGAGGCGGGUACCCAUGACACCCAGAGAAGGUCACGUGAUGUGCUUGCAAGUCAAGAGGACGCUCAGGAGAUGAAAAAGAAUAAGGUUCACCAGGUGUCACUCGGAAAAAAUGGGGAAAACUGUUGGCAAAAACUGUUGGCAAAAGCUGUUACAAUUUUAAAAAAUUAUUAUACGGCAGUGGCACCAGGUAAAGAGUAUUUUGUCUGGCGGCAGUGGUGAGACUCGUGGAAAUAAUUCUUAAAUACGAAUAUCUCUUAGCUCUAAGAAAUCACAGCUUUGGAUAAUUGUAUGCUGCCUACAAAACUAAUUCAUCAUGAAAGUGUGUUUUCACAUUUAUUGUUUGCAUAGUUUAAACUUUCUUAGUUUGCCAUAAUAGACUUCACAAAUAUGUUUCUAUCCCAGACGAUUGCCCGUGUUGUUCACAAUGUCAUUAAACAUCGGCUUAUGAAUGAAGGCCGGAAAGAAACACAAACAGAACAAGACCGCGAAGAAAAAAAAACAACAAAAAACACUCAGUUCUCUUCCGGAAACAAGGAAUGGUCAUUGUGUUUCUCAUGUGCUCUAAACAAAGACUGUGAUAUUGUGAAAAGUGGUGUGAACACGUGAUUUUGUUUCUUCAAUGCGUGAAAAUACUUGUCUACUCGUUGUAAAUAGUUCAUAUGUACAUUUGUUUAUAAUUUAAUUCACAGGUGGGUUACAUUAGAUUUCAGGCUGUAAUAUUCUUUCGUAUCUACAAAUGCGAAAUAAGUCAGCAAAAUAAAGUAAAUAAAAAAUCAAA